AAGAAGAAGAAGAAGAAGAAAAGAAGAAGAAGAAAGGAGAAGAAGAAGAAGAAGAAGAAGAAGAAGAAGAAGAAGAAGAAGAAAGAAGAGAGAAGAGAGAAGAAGAAGAAAAGAAAAAAGAAGGUCGGCGACCGCGUGGUGGCGCUGCCAGACGCGCGCGCCUGGGCGGAUGUCGUACCGGCGGCGAGCAAGUACGUGUAUUCGGUGCCGGAGACGAUGCCGCUGCAGUCCAUGCGGUGCUGA